ACAUAGCCCUAACCUCCUCCCGAUCGUGCCACGCGGGUGCCGGGCGGCGGCUGAAUACCCUCUAACCUAACUGUUGGCGGCUAAGGAUGGCGUCCUCUUCCGCGUCGCUUCAGGAGCUUGAGCGUUCCAUCCGGGCUGUGGGCACUGAAAUCGAAGAGCUGGGAGAGCAACUGAAGUGUGAGAAAGAUCCUGAAGAGAGAAAGCGUCUGUGGGGGGCGAAGUGGCAACUGCGGGAGAAGGAGGAGCAGCUGCGGGAGAAGGAGCUUCUCCUGCUCAAAUCUAAUGCUCAAGAAAUUCCAACUGCUGGUGAAGUAUUAAUCGAGGCUCUCCCCCGCGUAGACGCUUUUAUCCAAAAGGCCCGGGAGUCUAUCAAGCAGCUUGGAGCUGUGCCCACAGUGAAGGGGAAGCCCAGCCUACUUUUAGCGGGCUUGGGAACAAGCUUUCUGACGCAGUCUGGUGAUCUGGGCAAGAUGCUAGACAGUAAAGGUCCGGUGGUUUCUGUGGUGGGCACAUCGGGUUCAGGGAAAACAAGGACGUUGCUGGAGCUUCUCUGUUCGAGAAUUGGGCUUUACUUCGUAGCUGACAUGCAGGGUAACUUUGGGUUUGAGGACUUAACAUUAUUGCGCAGCUUGGUUCUGGAAGGCGUGGCAUAUGACGUUCGAGCUGCUCUAGCUCAGUCGGUAGUACGAGCUUCAGUUUUAGCUCGGUUAUUUCUACUUAAGCGUUGUCUUGAGGUGAAGUUCUCGGCACGGGAAUGGUUGCUACUCCAGCUUCUGGGAAGUCAGUUUGUGCAGGUGGAUAUUUGCAGGGAUUUAACGGGGUCUUUGCUCGUCAAGUUGGAAGCUCUAGGUGUAGUGAGAAGGCAGGAAACCUUAGAGGAAGAGAUCAAUGAGCAGUGGCAGCAGGUUAUAGGGAUGGCUACUGAUGUAGUCGUUGUGUUGGAUGAAGCGCAGGCGCUCUUCGAGUUGCACAAAGAUCAGUUUAAGCCUUUUGGCGGAGGGACUGGGACGAGGAGUUCGUUCCAUCAAGUGUAUGAGGCACUUAGCCGGCCUUCCAGAGGUGUGACUGCCAAGCUGCUGCUCUCGGCUACUUGUUUGGCCGGAUACAAGGAAACGGAGGUUUUCUCGCCGGCAAUUGCCAAACAGCUGUUACGGGGUCCUGCUUUCUGUUCCUUCGGCAAGUUUCGAGACACGGGCGACAUGUACAAGUACAUGAAGAAUUUUGUCGCUGUCGACGACACUGUUGAUGAAGAGUUGCUCCAGAGGUUCGUAGGGAGAUACAGACCACUGGCUCUGGUUCUUGAGGAUUUUCUGGAAAAGCAACGCUCUCUCAAUGAGUCGCUUAAGAGUGUCCGAUCGAUGCUCACGAAGGAGGACUGGGAAGGAUCUUACGUCACGGUUUUGAAGCGCAUCCAGGUCCAGAUUCACGGUGUGGAGCUGAUCCAAUUGUGCCGGAUGAUAUGUCUGACAAUCCAAUAUGUUGGAAAGUACUACUGCACCAGGAAAGAGGAAGUCGAGCUGAUUCACCAUGGGCUAGCUUAUUUGGAUGCUGUUGAUGUGGAUAAGGGAGAGUUCGGGCUGGAAGGAACGAUCGAGGAACCACUCGUGUUGGAAGCGCUUGAGUACUAUUUCCGUGAGGACAACGCCCUUCUUCACAUAAUGAAUCGUCUCAAUUCACCAUCGGCAGGAUUCAACCUCGAGAUAGCUGCAGCAGAUGCUCUUUGCAGUUUUCUUUCGGCUGGCAAGUUCAGUAAUCAUCCUAUCUUUGAGGGCGCGACUGCUUUACCAGACAUCUUCUGCCAGCAGCUGAGGUUGUGGUCAGCAGACAGCCUUCGACUGGUGUGUAGUACCAAGGGAAUGACGAGCUACCUCGCUGGUGGGGUGGGAACAGCAAAGGUUCUCCACCCGGAAUUCCUAGCAGGUCCAGAUCUGGUGAUCCCACUGAAGACGGAAGACAACAAGGAGCUGAUCCUCUUUGCACAGUUCAGACUCCUGAACUUUCUUGACAAGAAGAAGUUCGAGCAGGGCGUGUCGACGACGAACCCUGAGUUCAUAUUCAGGUCUCGCAAGGCAGCAAAACUGAGGGCAGAGUUCAAGGAGGAGGUUGGUAACCGCUGGUGGAAGAACGGCAUUAUCAGGUUGAUGGUAGUGUAUCCAGCAGUCUUCAAGAAGGAGCGUAUGCCUCCUGCUGUUGAGGUGAUUCCUGCUGCAGGCGGUGUUGGUCCCCAGCUCAAGAUCAUCAUUCAUGCUGGCAACGCAAAACAAUUGUUUUCUCAGGAUUUGGUAAAAUUUCUAGGCGUGUACAAGGGUUUGAAAGUUGGAGAGCCCAACUCCUUGGGACGUGCAGUUGGUAAAGUGCUGGCAUUGGACUUGCAUCACUCUCUCAUGGACAGGCCUAGGAGGAAAAGAGAUUUCGAUGUAGCCUUCACUGAACCGGAAGACUACUGGGGUGAUGAGGAAGGAAUGGAGUUGGAUGUAUAAACUGGCAACUGUAAACAGGCAUGCUGGACAAAGGUGUCUUUAAUUUCUUAUUGUUUAUGUUAAAAGCUUUCUUUUUCUUUAGUGUCUUGAAGAUUGUGUUAUGCCAUCAGUUUAUUAAAGGCUAUAGUUUCUAAAUAUAUAGUAAGGAUGGUGGGUAA